AUGGUUGCAAACCGUUGGAUGGCGAGGUUGAUGAAUAUAGAAGUAUAUUCACGACGUAAUGAAAUGUUUCGCGUUACAGAGACCAUCGGUCGUCGACCCGGUAUACCACCUAGGUCCUACGGAGUUGAUCUCCGAAAUAGACGGUGCGAUUGUAGGAGGUUCCAGACACUUCAUUAUCCUUGUGCACAUGUUGUAGCAGCUUGUGCUAAAGUCUCGCUCAAUGUGGAUCAAUUUAUCGAUGAAGUGUAUACCCUCGAAUACACGUUACGUGUAUGGGAGAAUGAGUUUCCCGUACUUUCUGACCUAUCUACUUGGGAGGUUCCUCCGACGACAUUCGAGCUUGUCCCAGACAAAGGGUUGCGUAGGAACCCAAAAGGUCGUCCGCAAUCAUCUAGAAUCCGUAACGAAAUGGACAUUAGAGAGAAAUCCGAUGGGAAGUUGUGUGGAGUUUGCGGAUUACAAGGUGAAGCAUGA